AUGAAAGACGAAGAAGUGACGACGACAACGACGACGCGACCGUCUGAUGCGGUUCUUUGCGAGUGUAGCUUAUUGGCGACACGUCGCGCCAAUCGCACUCGCGUUAAACAACAACAAAUUGUUGUGGUGAAUCCGCGAAACUCGUCGCAACGACGAUUUCGCCGAUUUAUUGAAAGUAUUGUUCGCAAAGUUUUUGAUAGUCAACGAAAAGCACCAAGAGAUGUAAGUUUGUGUAUUUUUUGUAGUUGUUGGAGUUGAGAAAACGAACCUUUUUGAGAAAAAGAAAAAAAACUAGAAUUUGAGAAUCAGAUUCAUUUUUCAACCUCGAACUGAAAACAUUGGUGUUGAAAGUCGAUUCUGAAAAAUUAGCGAAGUACCUCUCAACGUGCUAAUUAAAAAAUAAUAAUUCCAAAAUAAUCAAAGAAAAAUCUUCAAAUAUCCUGAAAUGUUCUUCAUUAUAAUUUUUGCACAAGUUAUAACCUGCAAAUUUCAUACAAAUUACCAAAUCUCAUAAAAAGUUUAUUCUAUGAGCUCAAGUCCUUCAGAUUUUUGCUCAUUAAAAACAACUGUUUCUGUUAUUUCUCUUCAAAGGUAUCUUUUUUGUCUGAUACAAAUUUGAUAAAUAAAAUUUUGGAAUUUCGUAAAAAGUUAGGCUCAAGCUCAAAUUUCUUCAUUUUUUCGAAAAAAAACCAGAUAUGUUUUUGUUUUAUCUUUUCAAGUGUUCCCCUCUCAUUGUAUAUAUGUUUUUGCUUUUGCCUCCCUCGAUUUCCUGACUGACUGACUGAAAGUGUGUUGUGUAAAGUCAAAUCAAAACCAAGUCGUCUUUUUGCCUCUCUUUAUCUCUUCUCUAUCUGUUUUAUUCUUAUUUUCAUUCUCCUCUCAUCUGUUUUUUUUUCUGCUGUUUUGUUCAGGAGAGAAAAAUCAAACUAACUAGCAAAAAAUUCAGUCGAUUUCAAAUUCAUAUCUUACCUCACAUUUCUCAACACUUUUCGAUGAGAAAUGUGAUUCGCCGAGACCAAUUAUAACGAAAAUGCACGCAAUUCCAGCUCCUCGAAAUUUUCGAGUCUGGCGAUUGUUGCGUAAUCGAAGUGUAAGUUUAUUAAAAAACAAUUACAACAUAUUUUUUGGGGCAAUAAAUUCAACAAAAAUAAUCUAGAAUUUCCAAAAACAACUUUUUUCCAGAAUGUCUCCGCAGCUUCUGCUACACAAAUUCAAGCCGAUGUUUCACCUUCCAAGUGAGUGAGAAAAAAUAUUAUUAGAAUCAGAAAAAUCCUAUAAAUUAUUAAUGAAAAAUCUUGAAAAAUUUAUCAAUUUCCGCUUUCAAACAAAUUAUAAAAAAAUGACAAAUUUCAAAAAAAAAGAAAAACAACGUGUGGGUGUCCAAGAAGAUAUCAAUAAUCAAUUGUUUUCAGAAACUCCCAGUUGGCCGAACUUCAUGUGACGUCACCAGUUAAACGAACUUCAUCAGCUCCAUCACCUAGAUUGAAUUUGAAUGGAACUUUGGAUACUAAUGGGAAUUAUGGAAAGGUUCGUUCAAUUGUUAUAGGUUUUUGGAUUGUAAAAACUGAAAUUUAGUUGGUCGGAAAUUAAAAAUCUUAAUGUUAGUUUUAAUAUAAAUUUGAAAAAAAAAACUGAUAUUGAUCUACCCUUUGAUUUUUUUAAAAUUUGAUGAAUCUGAAUAAAAAAACCAACGGAAUUUUCUAUGAAAAUUCUAUAUGGAAAAAUGAAAACAUUUGAAUUUUCAAAAUUCGUGAAUUAUAACAUCCUAUUAAAAAUUCACCUCACCCUCUAUUUUUCAGAAAUCCGCUUCUCAAAACGAUGUGAGUUUCACCAAAGAAAUUCCAGUUCUACAACACAACAACAAACACCACGAUAUUGAUCUAGAGUUAGUUUUUGUUUGUUUUUCUUAUUUUUCCCUCUUAAAACAACACCUUACAGAUUCGACAAUUAUAUUGAUGAGCAAUAUCGUCCAACACCAAAAAUAGCGCCAAUAAUUGUGAAACCACCUCAACCAAAAUUAGUGGCACCCAAGGAGCCAUUUUAUUUUCCACAGGGAAAACCAGUUAGCCAAUUGCAAAACGACGCGGCCCUUCGGAGAGUUUGUGACGUUUUCCGGACUUUCCCGGGGCAGAAAUGCGAAAUUGAACAUAUGGCUGCAGUUUGUGAAGCCGCAGGUUUGCCGCUUUAUUGGAAAGUGCCUGUGUUUACUGCGAUUACAAAUAAAGAAAAUCGGCCAGCUACACAAAUUGAUUUCACAUCGUGGUGGAAAGCGAUGACAUCGGUUGCACAUGAUGAAGCUUCCAGGUUUGCUAACAUUUCUAAAAUAAAUUUUCAAAACCUAUUUUUUUCCAGAUUCGUUUAUACGCUAACUUUUGGCUCACGAAGUUACCUGGUUCCUGAUGAUUUAUAUCAUAUGUUAAUGGAUGUGAUUCACACUCACCCUGGUCUUGUAUUCUAUCGUGAAGCUACUGAAUUUCAUGAUAAAUAUUGCCAAGUUGUAAGUCUCUUGAACUUUUUGAUCUAUCAACGAUAAAAAGUUUUUUACACAGAAAAAAAAGUGAAAAUACAAAUGAAUUAUGGGUUUUUUUCAGGUAAUGACUAGAAUAUUUUGGAAUGAUGCGCAUUCUUGGUCGGGUCGUUUGACAACUGAACGACUGAGGCGGGGUGGAGUUUUGCAAGCUAUUCGAAAUCUACAAAUUGAAGAUGAUAUCAAUAAAUCACUUCGAUACUUUAGGUAAAUAUAAAAGAAUAGAUAUAUAUGAUUUCGAAAAAUCAUGAAAAAGUAAAUUUAAAAAUAAAAUCAAUUCCAUUUCCAGCUAUGAACACUUCUACGUAGUCUACUGUAAAUUCUGGGAAAUUGACACCGACCAUGAUCUCAAAAUCCGCAAAAAAGAUUUGGCUUCACACGCUGGAGGAGCUUUAGUUCCCCUAGUUGUUGAUCGAAUUUUCUCUGGAGCUGUUUGCAUGACACCAGCAAAUGGACAACCUCUCGAUGAAAUUGGAUUACCAGAAUUCACACAAUUUUUGUUGGCAGAAGAAGAUAAAACACACCCAACAAGGUAAUUUUGAAGUUUUAGAAGAAAUUUAUUAUAAAAUUAAUUUUAUUCUAGUAUCGAAUACUGGUUCCGAAUACUUGAUCUCGAUGGCGAUGGAAUUGUAACCCUUUAUGAUAUGGAAAUCUUCCAUUCACAGAUUGAGAAAAAAUUGGCAUCUGAAGGUAUUGAUUCAAUGGCUUUUCAAGAUGUUGCUUGUCAAUUAAUCGAUAUGUUGAACAUUAAUGGUGGUGCGACAUCUUUCCAGUUGAGAGAUUUGAAAAAGUCACCACUACGUGGAAGAUUUAUUAAUACUUUUGUUAAUUGGCGUAAAUUCUUUGUGCAAGAAACAAAUGAAGGAAGCGAAUCUCCAAGAAUUGAGGAUGAUAGUGGACAAGAACUAACAGAAUGGGAUAGGUAAACAUUUCCAGUUUGAGAAAAAAUCAAUAAUUGUUCUUGUUUAUAGAUACUGUAUUGAAGAAUAUGAAGCUAUGAUGGAAGAUGAUCAGGCCGAUGCUGAAACAAUGUGAGUGUGUGUGGUCCAACCAAAUUUGUAUCAUUCCAUAUUAUAUUCAUAUUUAUUAUCAUACUAACACACAUCUAAAAAUAUCGAGAAAAAAAAGGUAGAAACGUUGUCUGUAAGCCACUUCUGAUUUGAUUUCAUCUGAUUUUUUCUAUUCUUCAUUUUUCAUUUUGGGGGGUCGUCAAGUGUCGUCUGAAAAAAAAUUAUGAUUGAGUUUGAAGGACGUGUUCGUUCGCUCAAAGAUUGAGAUUUUGAGUACGGUAGAUUUUAGCAGAAUAUAUUUUUAAAGUAAGGGAUUGAAUGUCAAGGUUUUUUUUUAAUUCAGAGAUCUAUUUUGUUAUAAAUUUACUAUAGAAAGAACAGUUAGAAAAUAGUAUUUUUUUCAAUGAUCAAAGAAUUUCAAAUAUCAAGAUUAAUUACUUCAGAUAUUAGUAAAUAUCGUAUUUUGAUUAUUGAUCACUAUAAUCUUUAAUUACCUAUUUAAAUGUGCACUUAUUCCCUCUCUUACUUCUAACCUUUGCAUGUUGACUAUCUAUUUCCCUCUUAUCAUGCUUAUUUUCAGUUUUAUGUUCAUUUCCGAAUCUAACAUUUUUUCAGAAGUCUAACUCUUGAAGAAGACGACUCGAAGACAAGUCUCGCUUACCAUGAUUUGCUAUAA